AUGAUCUAUCAUGAAAUCUCUGGCACAAUAGUCUCCCCGUACCUAUCAAGCCACAUUCUCACCACGAUACACCAGGCUGGCCUAUGGAGAGUGUAUUGUACUGCGAAUGUGUACAUGGCUUUAGAGGGUAAAACAUAUAACAAGAAAGCAAUUAUCAUAAAAAAAGUAACGAUCAUUACGAGCAAAGGCAAGCAAGGGGUUGCACAUACAAAAGAGUCUGGAUGCAAGAAAGGAGUGGGGAAACGAAGUGCAAGGAAGAAGUCACAGGAACGCAUCAAUGAAAAUCGUGGACGAAGGCUUGGGACCGUGGCAAACGGGGGUGAUUCAAAGAACAUUGCUGGGAUACUAGAAGCGGAGAAGAGUAGUGCGGAAAUUACACAAAUGGUGAUAACAUUGACAGCUUCUGGGGAACAUGAUGCAGCGUUGAGUGCAGGGAAAGAUACAGAGCGCUCUAGAGAUUUACAGUUCGUCAGUUCAAGUCCACGUCACUUUGAUGAGAACAACAUGUCAGAUCAUGUCAACGCUGAAAGAUCUGUCCGGAAGGAGCAGACAGAUAGCAAUGUCGGAUGCUCUAAUCCAUCUACAGUCUUCCGCAGGACCAAGGUGAAAGAAGACAAGGACAAUUGA